CGGCAUCACACGAACAACACCAACUUACGGAACGGAACGUACGAUUUCGACGAUGUCAACGACGAGUGCUCGUAUUUAUUUGCAAAGUUACACGUAUCCAUAUAUUUGCAGUAUCUGAUUGCCUUGUUAUCUCAUUGUCUCGUUGUCGCGCAUUGUCUAUUUGGUGUCGUGAACAAAAGCAGUGCAUCGCAGCGCUUGAACAAAAGACCAACCAAAAAUGGCAAGAACCUAAGCGAAUUGUGCGCGAAGUGUCUGUCUGGCAGUGAAAUAUUCUUGAAAUAUAAUAUAAUAUAUGCAUAGACGAGUUGCAAAAGUUUUUUGAGUUCUGUGAAGCUGUGCAAAGUGUUUGUCGUACGAAAAAAGUGUGACCCCAUACCAAAGCAGCGCAUAACUAAGCGCUAGUAAACGCAUCAAAGCAACAGUUGCCGUCUGCUCGCCUUAGCCUCAAUGAUAACGUGUUGCUAAUUACCUCAAAUCUCAUCAGCAGCGAACCACGACGACGACGACGACAGCAGCAGCGGUGUUGAAACAAAAGCAACGCCAACAGGCAAAAAAAAAACAAAAGCCCGACCAAGCCAAACCAAGUCAAGUCAGCCAGCCAGCCAGCCACUCAGCCAACGAGCCCGCCACCCAACCAGCUGGCAGCGUCAACCAGCGAGCGUGUUAACUUAAUUAUUUAACAUUAGCUCAAAGCAAAUUAGCGCAGCAUCAGCGUUGCAGUCUUGUUGGCUGCGGCCAUAGCGGAGGCAGCAGCAGCCAGUCACAGGCAUUUCGCGUCAACGUCGUGCCAAUGCAACUUCACCAUUUUCACAAAUGGGCCACUCAACCUAAAUUUUAACCAGACUUUGUUUACAGACAUACUCACAUACACAUACACACGCGUACACAGGCUUACGUAUUGGCUAAAUUAGUUUUUGUUGCGUUUGGUGCUGCUGUUGCGACUUUGCCUAAGGCUUUCCAAAAUUUUCGGUGCUUGUCAGCUUCCUGAUAUUUGUUGUUUGUGACUGUGUUUAUAAACGUCUUUCAUACACACACACACACGCAUCUAUAUAAGCACUAAUUACAUCUUAGUGGCGGCAAUCAUUUAUGGUUUAUUACAUCGCUGCUGCCGCAAACCGUUUGUUAUGCAAUGCCGCACUUCGAUGAGUCGUUCGUCAGCGAUUGUUCAUAUGCCGAGAGCCAACAUGUUAUCUCGUACUCAUUGGAUCGUGGCAUGAAACUUUACCAGAGGCGCAAAUUGAAAUCGCCAAAAUUUUUUUAUACGCCCUAUCGACCGCGUGUGGUCGUGAAGAAUGUCAUUCAGUACAGUGCCAUCAGUUCUCCAUCCACACCCAACUCCUCGCUUUCCUCACAAUCGAAUCUUGUUUGUGCAGGUGGUGGUACGCCAUCGCCGAACACACCAUCCCCCGCCACACCCACUUCUCAACAAUCCGCCAACACACCGCUGAGCGGCAACAGUGCGAUAUAUCAAGUACCAGGCGCCGGUUACGGUGUCUCAACGUCCGGUCAUAAGAACAGUCUUAAGGGUACGAAAUUGGCGCGUAGAGCGCGCUCUUUCAAGGACGAUCUAAUAGAGAAAAUAUCCAUGAUUCGCACACCAAACAAUACGCUGGGAAGAUCCCAUUCCCCGCACAGUCCACGUAGUAAGUCCAUGAAACCGCCAACAACAGCCGAAGAGUUAGCCGCGGCUGAGAGUCCACUGCAGACGCAUGUCAAGGAUAUUUCGAAUGCGCUCAAACAUUUUCGCGAUGUGAUAAUCAGAUCAAAGCUGGAAGUUCUGCCGGGCAAUGCAACUGUUAUACUCGAGACAAUCGCCAGCAUGUACACCGUUAUACAAUCGUAUGCGUUGGAUAAGCACAGCAAUGUACUUCUGUCGGCAACACAACAAGUAUAUCAGUCGCUGGGUAAAUUAGUGAAGCUUUGCGACGAGGUAAUGCUUAUCUAUGCAGCGCGGCGGAUCGACGACGAAGGUGUCGAAGAUAAUCUGCAAGACGAGCAUCAACAACUGAAAGCGCUGCUCAGCGAAGAUAAUGUAAAGGAGAUUGUUGAUUUACUUGGUGAGGCGGUGCGGAAUUUGGCGACGCUUGCGCAUCAGAAACUGAAGGAGCGCGAGGAGAACGCUUUGAAGUAUGCACCAGACAAUGCCGUCGCAGCUGCAUUGGCUAACAAUGGCGCAGCCGUAUCGCUCAAUCAUCUAAUGCAUCUGCCGGAAGUGGCUGGCCAACGUACAUCGCUGCCUGACAUAACGCUAACACCGAAGGAACGUGAUAUUUUAGAGAAGACCAACUCGAAUCCCAUACGCGCUUCACACAGUACCGAGAGCAUUUUGCGCGACACGAGCCCUCCACCUAAACCACCGCUACCGAACAGGCCACCACCGCUGCCACCGAAGCGCCGCAAUCAACAGCAACAACCGAGUUUAAAUAAUAAGAGCAUUAACUCGGAUUUCGACUGGAGUUCGGACAUUUCACUGGGCAACUAUGGCGCUGAUUAUAUCAGCAAUCUGUCGGUGCACUCACACUCGCCGGAUGAAAAUUCUAGUCAAUGUUCACUCGAUUCAGAGCUAAAUCAUUCACGCGAGGAGGAGGAACUCAAGUCACUGGGUCUGGGCAAUCGCUACAAUGACAGCCUGCUCGACAAUGAUGUUGACAAAUUAAAUAUAUUAAAACCACUAGUAAGCGGUGGCAAGCGUGUUACGUUGAACAAUAAAGUGGCAUGCAACAAAGCAAUUGGCAGUGGUAAUGAAACCACCAACACUACCGUUGUCACACAAACACAAAACGUGGCGGCGGAGAACACCAAACGGCGUGCUAUCGUCACCAGUUCAGUGGCUAGCGAUGGCGCGGACGAGUGUGAUUUUAUUUUGCAAAGUGGCAACGGUAAUAAUGGCGCUGGUGGCAGCGCUUUGGAGAAACUGGAAAUGCGCAAAAAUACUAACAAUCGUCAUUCCAAUGAAUCGGGCUUCGUUUCUAUGACAUCGGUGCGCACAUCGGCACAGAGUGUAUCGAAACGUUCAUCCGAUUGUGGUUUUCAAUCGUCCACCAAGUCCAGUUCGAACUCAGAAAUUGCAUUCGAUGCCAUUGAAUCGUCGAGUAGUGGUGAAUUCCACACGCAAGCGCAAGAGUUCCAUCAGCAUACAACAAGUUCGACCAUGACGAGCACCAUGUCAUCGACAAUGAUGGCCACAUCGACUAGCAUACUAAACAAUAUGUCUACAUUGUCGCAUGAGGCACGUUCGAUUAGCAAUACCAGCAGCAUCAGUCCCGAUCACUAUGAGAGUAGCGGUCUCUUGACCGAACGCUCAAUGCAUACCAGCAGUACUAGUCAUGUCACACAAUCGUCAUUUUCAUCGCUGGCAAAAGCUAGUAGUUUGGAUACAGCUUCAUCAUCGGAUGGCAUGGGUUCGCACAAUGAUUUGGUGCCACCUGCAUUGCCGCCAAAAACUAGUCGGAACAAAGAUGCGCGCAUAUUUUCGCAAUAUGAUAAUUUCGAUGAAAUCGACGAUCAUAAUGGCGAAAUACCCGAACUCCGCCCUCAUCAUCAUACCCACUACAGCAGUUACAGCCAACAUAAUCACCAUUUCCAUCAUAAUCACUAUCAACAUCACGUGGCACCGUGGCAUCAAACGAAACAUCAAAGUUUACUCGACUCAAGACACUUGGUUAGCGGCUUUGUCAGCAGUUGCACGAGUAUUGGCGAUCUGGAGCAACCGCCACCGCUACCGGCAAAGAAAAAGCACAUGUUUCAAAGUGUGGCCUUCUCGGUUUUCGCAUACAUGGAGCUGUGUCAGGGUCCCCAUCGACCCUUCGAUCGUCAUACGAUGCAUGUACAGGAUCUAACGGGGAACAUUACGCACAGCCAGACAAUGAAUAUUGUGCCACUACCAAAGGACUUAUCGCCACCGUCGGAGCAGGAAACGCCGCCCGCACUCCCACCAAAGAACUACAAACAGCAGCGCAAGUCCAGCGCUACACCGCCCACCAUAAUUACAACGCCACCACCUAGUCCAAAGCCCACACAUUUGAGUGCUAGUGCCGAUGCGGAGAAUGGGCGUCCAGCGCGCGUUAUAUCCGCCACACAAGGCAGUGAAAUGAUGUCCACCGUGUGUGAGGAGCUCGGCGAUCUAACCGAAGAGGAACAAGCGUCACUCCGUCACUCUCACCAGCUGCCCAAUGAGAAUUGUCACGACAAUCAUGUAACAAGUAGACAUUCACCACUACGUCGCGCCGACACACAUGAGGGUACGCCCGGCAGCAGAUCUGAGAGCGCCGGUGAAGAUCAAUUAUUGCAGAACAAUAGCUUUACUGAUGAUAAGUGUGGUGAGUUGCAGACGGUGCCACAGGAUGAAUUGCCAAAAAUGCUGGAAGAAAUUGAUGUUACCAAGUAUUUGGUGCUCAAGCGAAAGGAUGAAGAUGGGCCGGAUAUAAAGGGCGGCUAUAUUGAUGCAUUGAUUGUACAUGCGAGCCGCGUGCAGAAUGACAAUGCAUUCAUUGAUGCCUUCAUCACGACGUUUCGCACCUUUAUACAGCCGAUCGAUGUGAUUGAAAAGCUAACCCAUCGCUAUACCAUAUUUUUCUGUUGCCAAAACGAUCACAAGCAACGCGUUGCCCGUGAGACAUUCUCACUACUUAUGAGAGUGGUAGAUGGCUUAACGUCAAUGGACCUGACAGAUCAGCUCUUGGCUCUCAUAGUCGAAUUUAAUUAUCAGCUGGUAUGUGCCGGCCAAUUGUAUUUAGCGAAAACAUUGCGCAGCAUAUUUGUAGAGAAGGUAACGUUAUUCCGGGAACAACGUUUGCCACCACCUAAAGCCGAUAUGCAUAUCACCGUCACCAAUCAGCCCAGCCUACUCGAUCUCAAAUCGGUAGAGAUUGCCGAACAAAUGACACUACUCGAUGCCGAUCUAUUUCAGAAGAUCGAAAUACCCGAAGUAUUGCUCUUUGCCAAAGAACAGAGUGAAGAGCGUUCGCCCAAUUUGAAUAAGUUUACCGAACACUUUAAUAAUAUGUCAUUUUGGGCACGUUCGAAAAUUCUCACAUUAGGCGAUGCCAAAGAACGUGAAAAACAUGUUAUUAAAUUCAUAAAAAUUAUGAAAUAUUUGCGAAAAAUGAAUAACUACAAUUCGUAUUUGGCUUUAUUAUCAGCGCUCGAUUCGGCGCCCAUACGGCGACUGGAAUGGCCUAAGACUAUAACGCAAGACAUUAAGGAAUAUUGCCUGCUGAUCGAUUCUAGCUCUAGUUUUCGAGCAUAUCGCACUACUUUGGCUGCAACAAGUCCACCCUGUAUUCCGUAUAUUGGUCUAGUGCUGCAAGACUUAACAUUCGUACAUGUUGGCAAUCCAGAUUAUUUAAAGGAAGGCGUCGUCAACUUCUCCAAACGUUGGCAACAAUAUCACUUAAUAGAGAACAUGAAGCGCUUCAAAAAAUGUGAGUACAACUUCCGCCGCAACGAGCGCAUUAUACGUUUCUUCGAUAACUUUGAAUAUGAACUGGGUGAGGAAGAGAUGUGGCAAAUAUCGGAAAGCAUAAAACCGCGUGGCCGACGACCUGUACAAGCAUAAACGGUUUGCGUAACGGAAGCCGUACAUUCACAUAUCCUGAAGGAAUACUCAAUUAUCAGCAAAGAACUAAAAAAAUAAAAACAAAAAUGAAAUGUGCAUGCAAUGUAAUAGAAUUACUUAUAUGCAAACUAUAUCCUUCAGCGCUGUCAGAAGCAUAACAUUAUAUGAGGUUAAAAGCAGCAAAGGAGAAAAUUAACCAUAAAACACAGCUAUUAAAUAGUAAUAUAUAUAACAAUGCACAGUUAUAUUGGAUGCACACUUGCUAUCAUCAUACAUAUAUAUAACUAAAAGCAUAGUGAUAAUCACCGAAACGCGCACUCAUUGAAAGCACAUCUUAUGUCGACAUUAGCAAAAAUUAUAAUGUUAUGCAAACCAAACAAAAUUGCACAUAAGUUCAAUUUGAGAAGUAGUAAAUUGCUUUAAAUUAACAGAAACAGAAAAAUUUUAAAGCAAAAAAAAAUCAACUCAAAUGUUGUAGAGCAACCAAAUACCAAACCAAACUCAACUUGCACCGACACAAACACAACGAAAUUUUAUUAUAUUAUAUUAUAUGUAUUGCAUGUUUUUGUACACCUUAUCAGUUUUCAUAAGUGAAAGAAUUUAACUGUCUCUCUUUAACAGUGAUGAGCAGUCGAUAAGAACGCCGUGUUUCAUAUAACAAGCAAUCAAGUAAUUUGUUUUUAUAUAUUCAUGUAAAGUAACAAUAAAUCAACGAUAAAUUCAUAAACCGUCAAUAUGUAUGUAUGUGAAGAGUUGUCGAAGCGAGCGCUUAGCGUAAACAAAAACGAAUGAACUUUAAAAGUAACAAAAAAAUGUUUUUAAUUCUUAUGCAACUUGAAUCUUUUGAAAAAUAAUUUUUAUCAUUAGAAAGCAAUGUUAGUGUGCUAGCAAUGUGUUUGUUUGCUAGCAUCCUGUUUUCGCACAAUUAUCUCAACAAAAUGGGUUUGCAUAUGCUUUUAAAUGCUACUAUAAUAAGUUGUUUACAUUUCAAAAAAUAUAAAAAUAUUGCAGUUUACAUUAAGCGCUUUUAUAAAUAUAAAUCGUCUGGUUUUUAUCAACUAAACAUUUGUAAAGUAUAAUGUGAAAGCAGUGUAUUGUAAAUCCCGUUAAAAUAUCUAUAAAAAUAUUAUUUUUGAGAAACAUUUAUAAAACCCGUUAACAUUACUAGAAAAAAUAUUAUUUCUUAAAAACAUUUAUAAAUCCCAUUUCAAUUUCUAUAAUAUUGAUUAUUUAUCAAAAAAAGUAUAUUUUACUGCUUGCUGUUUCUGUUACUAAUUUGUUAUAUAAAACAGUUUCAAAAUUGUAAUUUUCCUUACUACGUAGAAUUGUGUAAACAAUCAUUUUAUACACUGAAUAUAUUGAUUUUAUGGUAAUCAACUAUGUAUACUUUGUAAAUAAUUACCUUACUGGCAUAAAUAUCUAAUACAUACUAGCAAUAUGUAUUUAUAAGACUACGUUAGUGCAGGCAGUGUUGUAAAUAUAGAUUGUUACUACUUUCUUCAACUACAGAAUUGAAAAAAAAAACUAUAAAAGUUUAAAUAUUUCUCAAUUCUUAUUUAGAGUCUUUGGCGCACGAAUACAAAUUAUUUUUAUAACCUUAAAAUUAAAGUCUACCAUACUCUUGGGCAAAAUAUUAAAGUGAUAGCAUAUUUUUAACUGAAAAAUUAAAAAAUUCAAAUAACUGUUGGAUUUAAAAUAGAGUAUACUAGAUAUGCAUUUUUUAAAUAACACUUUUUUUUAAUAAUUCAGACAUACUAUUUCUUUACUUUUCUUUUCAAAAAUCGAUUCCACAAAAUACUAAGCUGAAAUUUGUUUCACGAUAAGGUGGUUAUCGGGUUAUGUGGUUAUUAGAUUAAAAAUAACCUCUACGCUCCGUGAAAACCCUAUGUAUGGUUAUUUGCUUAUUUUUACACAAACAGCUGUUCAUUGUUUACAAUUUUAAUUCAAUGAAAUUCAUACUUAUAAGAUGCCUAAACAAAGUUUAAAAAGCAAAAUAAUCGAAUUUAAAAUUUUGUUUGUGCGCCAUAGAAUUUAAAUUCCAAAAAUUAUCUGCAUCCACAAGCACUGCUAAAACUAUGCUACACACUAAACUAAAUGAAUAUAAAGAAGACUGUCUUAGGGUAUAAAUUAAAUAAUUGCACUGCAACGUACUGGCGAGAAUCCGGAUCCGUUAUGCUUUGCUGUGGUGAAAAGGAAAUAUGGUGCAGUGUAUGAUGUAAUCACUGCUAACUUAUAUUACAAAGUUGGUAUUGGUAUUCUACAUUUGUUUAUGAAAUGAGUAGUAGAAAAGGCGAAGACUUUGCUUUUUAUAGAAAGCAAAAGGUACAUUUAUACACAUAUAUGUAUAUUAACAACAAAAAUUAAUUGAAAAACACUGAUAAAAUGCAUUUGUAUAAUUUUUAGGUUAUAUCUAUACGAUGCAAUAGAAGUGCUGCUAUCGUUUGUAAAAAUACAACACUUUAAAUUAUGUACAAUGAUAACAAUAUUUAGUUGCAAGAUAUAUUUUGUAUAAUAAUUUCACACAAAACUAUAUAUAAAUAAGGAAUAACUAAAUAAGCUAAACAUCUACUCUAUAAAUAUAGGUAUGUGUGUAACAAAUGAAUAAUAUAUGGUACUGCAAAUCGGAACUUUUUUGUUUCAAACAUGCCACGGUAGCCACAAUCCUUUUCCAUGCAUUUAUUUCUUCUUUCAUUUUCAUAUACUUUUUCUUAUACUAUCUCUCUGAACUAAUUCUUAUAAAAAUGCUUAUGUGCCUAAUAUAGUAUAUAAAAAAUCUUACAUAUGUACUUUUAAUUCUACACAACUAAUUAUAAACGUCGUGGAUUAAUUAAAAUUUUCUUCUCUAUUUUUUAUUGUUAAUUUGAAAAAAAAACUAUUUAUUUUCUAUUUUAUCUUUUUUUCAAAUGAGCUUAUGAGAAAUUGUCAUGUGAAAUAUCUCUUUCAUUCGGUAUAUUUAAAUGUAGUGCAAUUUCUAUUAACAUUUAAGCUAAAAAAAAACAUAUAAUAAAAGGUAUAUGUAUAUGUAAAUGUUAAAGAAUAGCAUAUGUAUUAGCAACUACUCAUGAAACAUACAAAUAAUGUAUCAUGUAUAACAUUGCAGUGAUCCACAUUAAUGUUUGUAAUUAUAAAUUAAGUAUGAAUUAAUUUUAUCUUAAUAAUAUUAAAAAAGUAAAACUGAAAAUAACUAUAAAAAACUAUUUAUGAAAUUACUUUACAAAAUAAAUGUAUGUACACAUAUUUUCCUUCGAAA